AUGGGCCCCUAUCCCGCCUCCUCAUGCUGCGGGCCAGGCCCACUAAUCUGCCAUGGGCCCCCGUACCGUCAACUCUCAUGCUGCUGCCAAGGCCCGUAAUCUGUCAUGGGCCCCUGUACGCCUCCUCAUGCUGCUGCCAGGUCCAGAGUGUGUCAUGGUCCCUGUAAUAGACCACGGCCUCCCAUUGCUGCUGUCUCCAUCGCCACACUCUGCCAUGUGCCACUUUCAGGUCUCCUCACACUGCUGGUGGGUUCCAUUUUUUCAUAGGCGGUGCUGUAUGGCCUCCCAUUGCUGCUGGUGCCUCCACCGCCACACUGUGGCUCCACACUCUGGUUUUGGCCCCGUGACUGCCCAAAUGAGUGAAGUGUGCGGUGAUUCAAGAUCGACGGCACUCAUCUGCAUGUCAUACUGACUGUCAGUAUUAUUUCUAGUUCCCCAGCAGACUCCAAGGGCAUUUAAAUUAAAGGUAUACAGUGUUCUGCACCCAAAACUAAUAUAA